AUGACCUGGACAAACAAAUCGAUCCACGUAUUCGCAAUUGUCAGCCUUCGUAUAUGUGCAUUCGCAAUAAUUGAGUAUGUGCUAAAGGUUUCGGGUGUAGUUUCAGGUCUCAUCGCCGAUGUACUGAAGGUGGUAGCUGGGUGUUUGGCCGCAUGUAUGGCAGUAUGGGUAACGGUCGUCCGAGAGGAUUUAUCAUCAAAAGACGAACCUGUUGGUCUCAAAACAAAGGUAUUCGGCUUCGUAGGUGUAUGUUGUGUAACGGUUUCUGCUAUUUUCUACACGAACAACUACACUCCGAGCAAGACCGAAUUACAACGCCAGAAGAACUGGACCAAUAUCACUACCACGCUUACCGAGAUUUAA